AUGACAACUCUUAAAGAAGUUUAUAAUGAAAUACUAUUUCUGCUUCCAGACUAACCAACAAAUAAAACCUUAUUAACAAUCCUGCUAAUCCACAGUAUUAAUGUCAAGGAAGGACUCAAGAAUAAUGGAAUAAAUGAAAAUGAUGAAAGUCAUGAAUGGGUUGGCAUAGCUGAAGGAUGGGACUUGCCAGAAGAGGGGGUAUACUCUCUUAGAUAUAUCAAUUAAAAUAAAGAAUAAUGUUAAUUUAAAUUUUUAACACUUCCAGAACAAAAUGAUACUUUAUCCAUUAAUGCAGUUAUUCUAGGAAGAAAUGACUAGAUAUAUUCUUAUAGGCUUCCAAUUUCACAGUUAAAUUUUGACAAUUAGGAUUUACUAUUUAAAUCAAAUAUAAUUAGUGCUUACAAACAAUCAAUUUUAUAAAAAAUUAUAAUGAAAAAGCAAGAACCUGAAAAGAUAGAAAAAUAAACCAAUAUUUUAUUAGAAUAACCACCCUAAUAAUAGUAACCCUCAGGCUUACUUUGGAAUCUCCCUAGGAAUCAACCAUUCUCAGUAGGUACUCAAGAUUUAAAUCCCUUUGCCAGAACACCUUUUGAUAAUAGAGGAGGUAUGGGUGGAAACUUGAUGGGCCCUCAACAUUUUUAGAACUUUAAUUAAAGACAAUAACAAUAAUAAUAAUCCAACCCAUUUGCUCCUCCAGGUGCAAGAUUUGACCCUUUUGGCCCUGAACCUGAUAUCAACCCGUUUGGAGAACCUAGUAACAAGAAACCAUGGCCAGAUCCAUUUGGGAGAGGAGGACAAUUUCCCUUUUGA